CCUACAAACUAUUCGCAGCCAAACGUAAGAGACAGGAAUCCAAAGAUGCAGAAUGGAACGCAUUAGUGAAUAGUGUGGUCGACUUCCCCGCGCCAAAAGAGUCCGACGUGCCCACGCCAGUGGAGCGUCAGAAAGUCGUUAACGAGUACCUCCGCUUGGUCAAGUCUAUAAGCAACACCGAAGUGCUUCCAGCGGCCGAACUGAGAGAUUUGGCUUUCAAAGUCCAUCAAGUAUUACUCAGGAGUGGUGAUGCGAUGGGGCAGUUGUCUGAUAAAGCAGUGGAGAAAACGGUCGCACUGGAAAUCAAGGUGAGUGUAUAA